AUGGCUUUACCAAGUCAAUACGGUUUUACCGAGGAGAAGUCAUGUUUAACCAGCCUGGCGGCCUUCCAUGAGGCCAUAACCGGGCGGACAGAUGACUGCAGAGCAGUGGGUGCCUUUACCUCGAUCUCAGUGAGGCGUGUGACGCUCCCGCAGCCUCUGGCGGCCGGACUGGGCCGUGCGCGCUGGGGGGCCAGGCCGGGCGGGGCUGGGAACCGGCUGAAGGGAGCGAUCCAGCUAUGGGAUACAGCAGGCCAGGAGCGCUUCAGAAAGAGCAUGGUGCAGCACUAUUACAGGAAUGUACAUGCUGUUGUGUUUGUGUAUGAUAUGACAAACAUCGCUAGUUUUCACAGUCUGCCUUCAUGGAUAGAGGAGUGCAAACAACACCUUCUUGCCAAUGAUAUCCCACGGAUUCUUGUUGGAAAUAAAUGUGACCUGAGAAGCGCUAUUCAGGUACCCACGGACUUGGCCCAGAAGUUUGCUGAUACUCACAGUAUGCCGUUAUUUGAAACCUCUGCCAAAAACCCCAAUGACAAUGACCAUGUGGAGGCCAUAUUUAUGACACUGGCUCACAAGCUUAAAAGUCACAAGCCAUUAAUGCUUAGUCAACCCCCAGAUCGUGAUGAAAUACAUAUAAAGCCUGAAUCAAAGCCUGCCAUGACCUGUUGGUGUUAA